CGUGGUAGAUUCUGCCCUACAUUCUCAGGUACGAAAGGUGGCGGUAUUUACCUGAAACUAGUUUGUAAUCUACCAUCAAAACAAAAUAGAGGGGUUGCUAUUAGCAACCGUGCACUUAGUAAACUAACUGCAGUCCAGUUGAGGGAAAAUCUAGCAUAAAAUUAGACUUUUUCCGGAGCAUAUCGUGACGAGUCCACCUAGAGAUUCGAAGGACGUCUUAAGGAAGGCCGACAUCAAUAUGGAGAAUGCAGACGGUAUUCAGCCAUCAAAUACAAAUCCACAAAAUUCUGACGUCAAAGACAGCAGGGAAAUGCUGUGGUCCAGGAUAGAUGAGCAGUCUACCUUGAUCUACACACUGAAAAAAAGAGCCGAUGAAACGCUUCUGCGAUAUCAAGCACUUCAGCAAAUUAACUCUGAACUUGAGGACCAACUAGCCCUCUGCCAGAAAGAACUACAGGGCGAAAGAAAAAGAGCAGAUAUGUUAAAAUAUAGAUUCACAGAUCUGGCGGCCAAUAAUGAGGGAAUCAUUAAUUUCAUGGAGGAGCACAAAAACCAGAAUGUGAUGCUAAAGGUGGAAAACAAGCGGCUGCAGUUGGAAAAUGAUUCACUCUUCUCAGAGAAACUACAUGAUAAAGAAAUGUUGGUUAAAAAACUGCUGCAAGAAAAUAAGCUGCUGAGAGAUAAAUGUACCGCUAAUGAACAGGAAUUCAGUGAGAAAAUCACUGAAAGUGAGUCAAAACGCAGAGAACAAGCAGUCCAGCAUAAAGUCAAAGAGGUGUCACUUCUAGAACAGUUGCAUGAUGCUCAAAAUCAGCACAACAAUGCUGAGGAAAGUUGUAAAGAUUUGAAGCUAAAACUUUCAGAAACUCAAGAAGAACACGCUUUGAUGGAAACGAGCUUAAAAGAAACCAUAGCGCAUCUAAACAGUGAAAGAAAGAAAUUAUUGGACAUUUCUAUUGAAAGAGGCAAAUCAAUUCAGGAAAAACAGGAACAAAUCUAUGAGCUGGAAACAAAAUGGAGAAACGAGGAAAAAGCCAAAAUUGAAGCACAGGAAAGAUUUGCAUCAGAUGCAAACGCAGUGAAUAUAGACGCACGAGUGAAGUCCCUCCAGAUUGCUCUGGACAAAUCCAUGUCAGAUCUGCAGAAGCUGAACGAGGAUUUCGAUGCUUUCAAGGAACACAGCAACAACCUGCUGACACAGGAAAAGGACUUAAAUCAAAAACUUCGCCAUAUUAUAGGUUGAAACUCUGCACUAUGUAGAGUGGUUUUUCUUACUAAUUCCUAAUAAAAAAAAAUAUCUUUCAGAAAGAAUGUUUACUUAACUUAGACAUAAUAAAUGCUUUCUCAUAUUUUUCUGUGCCACAAUAUGUUUUUAUUUAAUUUCUACUUUUCAAUAAGAAUGGAAGUAGCACACCCACUUAGCAUGAUUCAUUGUUCCUGGAGAAGAAACUUUACAAAUGUUCACAGUCUCAAAGGAAAGUCACAUUUCUGAAUGUUCCUCUGCCAGAGGAGUUUUGAAUGUGUGGUAUUAUGGAGAAUGAACGUGUUUGAGCUUUAAAUCAUGUUAUAUUGUUAUUGGGUGAACAUUUUUGUGAUGUUGUGACCUGAAGUGCAGGAGCUUCUUAAAGAGACAAAAGCGCAAUUUUGUCAAAUUGCGAAGUAAAAUGUCUUUUAAGAUCA